GAAGCAAUUUCUCCUCCUCUCCUGCACCGACCGUUCCUCUGUGUCCGCUUCUCAUGAGCACAUCUGACUUGUGUCUCUUUUGUGGUGCUGGCGCUCGGAGCGGGAAUGAAACGAAAGAUGAAAUUAACACUUUGCAACUUCAGGGACCUUUUUCCUCGUCCGCCUUUCCACCUCGUCUUCAUCUUUCCUAAGUUUUUUCUCUUUUAACACGUAACUGUUUUUCCUCCACUGUUAUUUCAUUCACAUUUUCACCUCUCUCCUCAGUCUUCUCUCUGUCCGCUCCUCCUCUCACCUGCACUUUUCUCUACAUUUCUCCCUCACGUGUCUUUCUGUUGUGAUUUUUUUCCACCUCUUUCUCAUUUCAAAAUAUCCACCACUCUCCUUUUCUUAGCCCGAGGGCAGACAGGACUCAGUGUGCACUUUCUGCACACUCUCCCUCCUAAUUACCAGCCCUUUCCUCCACUCCUCUCACAGCCCACUCCUCCUCCCAAGCACUCAUUCUCUCACACCAUCCCUCGCAGCCAUCCUGCCACAAUGUUCUCCUCCGAGGAGCCGUGGAACUCCACCGAGCAGGUCUGGCUCAACGGCUCGGAGAGGGCGAACUUCUCUCUGGGAAGACGCGGGAGCAACGACCACGAGGAGGAGGAGGACGGGGAUCAGCACCCCUUCCUCACAGACGCCUGGCUGGUGCCCCUCUUGUUCUCCCUCAUCAUGCUGGUGGGUGUGGUGGGCAACUCGCUGGUCAUCUAUGUCAUCUCCAAACACAGGCAGAUGAGGACGGCGACUAACUUCUACAUCGCAAACCUGGCUGCCACUGACAUCAUCUUCUUGGUGUGCUGCGUCCCCUUCACUGCCACCCUCUACCCUCUCCCCGGAUGGAUCUUUGGCAACUUCAUGUGCAAGUUUGUCGCCUUUCUACAGCAGGUGACGGUCCAAGCCACUUGUAUCACCCUGACUGCCAUGAGUGGAGACCGCUGUUACAUCACCAUCUACCCUCUGAAAUCCCUCCGCCACCGCACCCCGAGAGUAGCCAUGAUCGUCAGCAUCUGCAUUUGGAUCGGCUCCUUCAUCCUGUCCACCCCCAUUUUGAUGUACCAGCGCAUAGAGGAGGGUUACUGGUACGGUCCCAGACAAUACUGCAUGGAGAGAUUUCCCUCUAAAACACACGAGAGGGCUUUCAUCCUCUACCAGUUCAUUGCUGCCUACCUGCUGCCCGUCCUCACCAUCUCCUUCUGCUACACUCUGAUGGUGAAGAGGGUGGGUCAGCCCACUGUGGAGCCGGUGGACAACAACUACCAGGUAAACCUCCUGUCUGAGAGAACGUUAAGUAUCAGGAGCAAAGUGUCCAGGAUGGUGGUUGUGAUUGUCCUCCUCUUCGCCAUCUGCUGGGGACCCAUCCAGAUCUUCGUCCUCUUCCAGUCGUUCCAUCCAAACUACCGACCAAACUACGUCACGUACAAGAUCAAGACGUGGGCCAACUGCAUGUCGUACGCCAACUCCUCCGUCAACCCCAUCGUUUACGGAUUCAUGGGAGCCAGCUUCCAAAAGUCCUUCAGGAAAACCUUCCCCUUCCUGUUCAAGCACAAAGUCAGAGAUAGCAGCAUGGCUUCAAGGACCGGCAACGCCGAGAUCAAGUUUGUCGCGGCAGAGGAAGGCAACAAUAAUAACGCAGUGAAUUGAAAACGACAAUUAAAAUAGGAUGAAUCAGAUUUUUGUCCAGAGCCGUUGCUGCAGGAAGACAAAGACAGACAUGAUAAACAUCAGCCUCCAGACCAUUGUGUUGAUGUUCUCAUGGGGAAACAAUUGAUUUCAAAAGGAAUAUGACUGAGACGUCUGGCAGACACACUUUAUUUAUGUUCAUGAAUACGAACCGAUGUGGAGAAACACAGACUCAUAAUACGCUUUGGCACAAUAUGUCUGCUCCUCCACUGCCAAGGCCGGGUGGCGUUGGCACAACGUGUCAUCCACUGAGCUGCCAAACACCUCCGCCACGUAAGCGAGGACAGACGUUCAUGUCUGUGGGAGAAAAAGGGAAGGUGGGUUUGAAACGUGGAGAAAAGAUUCCCAGUUCCUGUGAAAGCGAAGCAUGUCUGCAGCUUGUAAAGUGUCCAGCAUUUGGACAAAUGAUAGCUGAAGAGAGUUUAUGAACACUGAAUGUACAUUUUGAAUUAAUUAUUAAUAUUCUAGAAUAGAUGCCCAUGGACAUGUUAUUUUUAUAAAUGUAUGUGGUUGCUUCUGUCAUAUAAUAAUUCAACGGGAGACACAUAAAUAAUCUGUCAUUCAUAUUUUUUAAAACUGUAUCACUUGGGGAAAUGACCUAAUUCACUUCUUGUUGCGUGUUGAACGAAAAGAUUGAUACCACUCUCAUGUCUUAGCAUUAAAUAUGAAGUCAGAGCCUGGAGAGUAAUAGCUUAGCUUAGCACAAAUACUGGUUUCAAGGGGAAACAGCUAGCCUGUCUCUGUCCAAGUUACAUUCACCCAUUCACACUAUGUGCGGCUCGGCCCACAAUUGGCUCUACCUCUCUCUCUACUUUUUCAAACUACUGAGAAGGAAACUUUAAUAUUGCUCGUCGUUUUAUGUGAUUUUUUAAAUAUUUUCGACCAAAAUGAACGCCUCCUAACUCUCCAUCUCAACCAUUAAUCUCUCCGGAUGUGAAACAGAAAGACACACAUCUGUGAGUAUUCUUCAUCUUCUUCUCUAACUCUGUGGCACAAGCCAAAAUGUCAAACUAUGCUUUGAAAAUCCAUCUCUGCAUCUCGCUGUUAAAGUGCAAAUAUCUCUGGGCCUACAUCUGAAAGAUAGAAAAGAUGGUCUUUUCCUCCCUCUUCCUCUUCCUCAUCAUCCUCCACUUCAUCCUCUUCUUCUUAACACCAUGUUCAGGCAGCUGUUACAGCAGGUGAGGCACACACCGUGUUUACCUUUCUUUUGUGUCAGGCAGUCGCACUCACACCUUCCUCAAUACAAGUGCUCGCGCAAUCACUCAUGAAGGAGGAAACGGGGCCUUGGCACAUCCAGGUGUUGUUUACUAGAAUCAGUCGUCACAUGUACACCCAGGUGCAAUCUUGUCAGGUGGAGCCAAGUCCAAAACAUCAGGCAACCCGCGUGGCCUGGGCCCUGUUGUGAGGGACCUGUCCACUGUAUUUUUGAAGGUCUGCAUUGGCCUCUUCAGUGUUGAGAGACCUGUCCAGCCGUCUGGUAAUGGAAAACAGCAGAUCAUUGUUAGUCAAUCUACUGAGUCCCUGAAAAGCUCUCCACCAUUUAGACUCAGUCCUUUUUUUUCUGUCCAUCCCACUCACUGACAUUCAAAAAUUCAAAACUCAAAUUUCCAAAGUCGUGCUAAUGCAAAACCUAUUUGAAUUGUAGAUACGGCAGGACUUGCAUUCAUCAGGUUUCCAGUUGAAUGACAUCAAAGUGUCUCGAGAGGAAAACCAGAGCUCCAUAAUUAACCGUGAAUAAGUAACAGACCGGUGCCUAAGGAUUGUGAUUCAUCAAGAAAACAUUUGGCCAUACUUUGCACACAGAGCGGUGGAAUAAUGGCCAUACGCCUCAACAGAUACUGGAGGUUUAUAAGAGAAAAUGUCACUCAGCAUCAUCAGCAAAAAUCAGCUAGAAACUCGACUGUCCCUCCGCCAAGGCCCAACAGCCCCCGUACGAAACCGCAUUUACAUUCACCAGACACAGAUUUUUAUUUGGAUCUGCACCAACUUGCCCACACUCAUAAAUAUCAGUGGUAUUUCACAGCGUUUGUUGCAGGGCCCAGUGCACCUGAAAGUUUCCAUCCAUUUAAGUUCAUGUGUAUUUCUGUAAAAAGAACGUGUGUGGAAAUGUUGGAAGGUAAAGAAAGUGAAAAAAACAAAAACAGGCUCUGCCCACUGAUCUCAAGCUGCACCAAAAUGUAAUGGGUUCUUUUCUGACCCAUUCCGCCAUCAAGUGAAAUCCGUUUCCGUUGUUUUUGUGUAAUCUUGUUUUCAAAAGAACAAACCAACCAACAAACAAACAAACGUCCAGAGGUGAAAACAUAACCUCCUCGGCGGCGAUAAUGAAUUCCAUGGGUUGAAGUUGACUGCAGGGUCAUUUAUUUUUAACCGAGUGUCGCUGUGAAACAUAACAUGUUUAAUUAAAUGCUAAUGACUACUUAUUACUUUUUUAUGUAUGCUAAUUAUUGUGCUAAUUCCUCCCCCAUGAUGCCAUGUGCUUUGCAUCUAUUAGGACCAAAGUUAUGUAAGUUUUCUGCUUAAAAAUCCAUUAUUUUCUUGUAACUACACUUAUCCUGACAUUGUGACUCUUAAUAAUGUCUGUUUAACGAAAUGUACGGUUGAGUUUUUGUACAAUAAAAAUGCAGCUGUCAGUAGAUGGAUGGGACCCUGAUCCACAGCACAUCUCUUCACCAGGCUUUUACGAAAAUCCAUUCAGUUGUUUAUGUGUAAACUUUUUUACAAACAGACAAACAGACAGGGGUGAAGUAUAAACUCCUAGGCAUAUAAAGCCGUCCUAUGACACCUAAUGGAAAACCUCACAAUUCGCUGUCUACAUUGUUGAUUUUCCGACAAAACGCUCCAACAACCGUGACUCAUCAAUACCGAGCAAUGGAUCUGCCCACACCGUCCCAUCUGUGGCCUUAGAGACAAUAACUAUACUCCACUGUUAACAUCGUCUGUACAUGAGGCUUUUACAUCACUGGGCCUCGUCGAGCUAAAUAAAGCCGGCAGGAAGAGAUGACCAGUGAGAGUGUGGGAGGGUUGAUUCACCAAAAAGCUUGAAGCCAGUAAUACAGAGGCCACAUCGUAUUUCAGCCUUGCGUCUAUGACACAUGUUUCUGAUGUCAGCCAUGAUGCAUUCGCCUCGUACAGAUUCUCUUUGUCUGGAAGCUUUUCUGAACGCAGCAGCAGUGUCAGGCUUUUAAGAUUUAUUCAUCGUCCUAAGUGCUGAGAUAAAAAAAUCCACGUUAGUCAUAUUCAGUUGGUGUUUUAGUUUUUAAUUAUUUCACUCCUUUAAAAGUCUGUAAAUCAGAUGUCGAGGGAACAUUUAGCUGUGAAGGCUGGAAGAGCUGAACCUUUGUAUUCCAUUUCUGUUUCACACGAGACAAUGCAGUGAUUUGUCUCAUGUGAAACUUCGCUUUCACCUAAAAUAAAUCCAGUGAGCUGUUUUCUGAAGAGAGUGUGCAAACAUGCAAUUAUAAUUAUAAUUAUAUAGCAACACAGACCAAAAAAAUUUGAUUCUUUUUUGAGUCCAUUUUUUGAUUAUACAAAAAAAAUGUAAAACAGGUUAAACACAUUAUUUUACAUCACUGCAGUUUGCAUAUGUCGAUCCUGUGUCCACAGCCCUGUGUAGAUCUAUCAUUGUAGAGUUCAGACCCAGUGCCACAUCUGCUGGUCCUUUUUGUGUUGUUGUUCUUAACUGUCUAUUUACACUGUCUAUUGCUUUGAAUUUUAACAAUAAAUAUGAUGUAACUCCA